AUGAUUGGAGUGCCGGCAGAUCCAAGGGCUGUCACACAUGGCGUCGUCGCAAGAAGCGGUUCCGGGGAGAAACCCAAACAAAAAGCCCCCUGGCUGCCCAUGUAUUCCAAAGACGCGGGCAUGGUCAAAGUCAAAGUGGCGACAUCAGACUCGCUGGCCGUUGCGGCCCGGGAGCAGAAAUACCUCCGCAUCUUCUGGAACGACUACUUUCCCAACGGGCUGUUCUCUGACUGUGCUGCACUUAAGGUCUUAUUCGGGUUCGGUGCAGAGAUGGAUGCCGUCAACUCCAACCUGGCGAGUUGGUGGAGGCACAACGACAGCCAGCUUGCCUUGAUCCUUCUUCGCGGGCCGCACUCGUUUCAGCACGGCCCGGCUCAUACGCUCUUUAUCGAUGCGCGAUGUAAUACGCCAGACUGGAUCACCAUACCAUGGAUGUAUUGUAACAAGUCCAUUGGGGACAGAUUUGUCAUUGUUCUCGUGCACUUGCCUGGCGUAGUGGAGGGCAUGGGCAUUGUCCAAGAUGCUGCGUCCAUAGAUCUUGUCGAAAAAUGGAAGAAGAAAGCAUUCGAAUCGUGCUUGAUGCUGCGAAAAGCAAUGCAAAUGUGGGAGCUCGACAUCGGCCCCGAGCUCGAGAGAUUCGACUACACCGUUUCUCCCACGCCGUUGAAACCGCCGUUCACCGACCGCGAGGUCUUACUUUUGCAUCUGAGCACGCUUUUCUGGGCCAUCUCCAUGGCGGUAGACUCCUCUCUGGGACGUCUGUACGGACAGAGCCUUGAGUCCAGUGCCUUUGAAGCGGACACUGGAGCUGGCGUUGGCACAAAAGAUCCCUUGCCGACCCCAACUUCUGUUGACGAAGCGAGACGGGAAUUUGAAAGCACUGACGCAGGCCUGGGCAUGCUUCCAAUGUACGCGUUCAAGAUUGCCCACUCUAUACCGCUCCUGUUUGAGCGGGAAUCAGGGGCUUUUGGCUGUAAUGUCGCGCUGUUCCCGUUGCUGUCGGCGUGGCGCUUUUUCGCAACGACCGAGAUGCCCGUUUUCGAGUCGGGGACCGUAGAUGGUAUAUUCUGCAUCUCGACGAAAAUGUGGUCCACGAAACUUCCCACCGCUCAAUUCUCGCUGCGCGCCGGCGCCGUAUGCACACGACUGGUGCCGCUCACGGCGACGCGGCCGUUCUCAAUGAGCGCAUCGCUGGACAUGCCCAAGAAGAAAGCAGCGGCGGCGGCGUCUUCUUCGCAGAGCCACAAACCGCACCCUACAGAGUCGGAGGAGGACGUCAGCGCCGACCGAUCGCCCGUCGACCCUCUUCACGCGCCGAAAACGGUCGAUAGCCAGAGCAAGCCCGCGGGCGCGCAAAAGGUGAAGCCAUCUCCGAGUGGGCACAAGCAAAAGACGACGUCAAAAUACUUGCGUGUUGGUUUCGCCGUGGAUGAGCCCAAGAUUGGGGAUUUUGAUCUGGAUUACCGAGUCUCUUACGUGCUCGCCAGACGGGGUUGGAACAAGAAGUAG